AUGUCAUCCACAACUACCACAACUACCACAACAACACAUACAACAUCCACACCAACAACUACUACAACAACAGAAACACAAGCGCCUACCACCACUACACCUAUACCCACUGCUACAACCACAGAAAUACCGUGUACCGACACAGACACCCAACCGCCUACAACCACAGAAAUACCUUGUACCACCACAGACACGCAACGGCCUACAACCACCACCUUCGGACCCACCACCACAACCACUCCAGCAACUACCCCAACAACCACUCCAACAACUACCCCAACAACCACUCAAACAACUACCCCAACAACCACUCCAGCAACUACCCCAACAACCACUCAAACAACUACCCCAACAACCACUCCAACAACUACCCCAACAACCAGUCGAAGAACUACGUCUACGACAGAAAGGAGUCGCCAUGAUACGGACAGUGGGGAAGACGCGAGUAGACCGUCUCACAGACAUUCCCAAAAAGCAUCCAAGCCUUCUCUCCCCAAACCUAAGGAACGUUUUUUCCAAGUGAAACAGAUCAAUUCACAUUCGAUUUCCCAGGCCUUUCAACAAGUCUUCAAACCUAAGCCAAACUCCAGACACGGGUAG